CAAUUGCAAAACGAGCAGUGGAAUGUUAAUUAGCAUCCUGGGCAUUUGGGUUCCUGGUUGCAGCCCUGGCUGGCAUAUGAUACAGCUCAACCACACUGGCUCUUCUGACCUGGACCUCCAGGGCUGUGGAUUCCUGUCACUUCAAAUCAUGGGACCUUUGAUUGUGCUCACUGGGUUGUGUUUCUUCGUGAUAGCUCAUGUUAAAAAGAAGCAAAACUUAAAUCUCAACCAAGAAUCUUGUGAAAGUGAAGAACAUGCUCACAGCCCUGAAUCUUUUCAGGUUACAGUAGGUGAUGCUGUGAUGGUAUUCCCACCCCCACCACCUUCUUAUUUUGCUGACCCUAUGUCACCAACUGUGACACAUUGUCUUAUGUCAGGUGUUUUGCCCACAAGUGAAAAUCCUCCACCAUACCACUCUAUCUUCAGUGAUGGAGCACAGCUUGCUGAUGAUGAAAGAACCGUUGCUGUUAGAGACUAUGAAUCCAUAUAUACAAUUUCUGGAAGCAGCUCACCUUCAGAUAUUUUACCAAUGCUAUACCUUCCUUCUGAAUCACCACCAAAAUAUGAAGAAAAAGCAUCAAUAACAAAUAACGAAUAUUCGCCAUCUUCUUCCUCAUCUUUUUCAUCGAUUUCCGUAGCCACAUCUGACGCCAGCUCGUAAAGGACUGACAGUUCACUUAAUUUUUAAUUAAAAUGUACACAGAGAUUUACAAUUUUUGAAUUUAUUUGCAUUUUGUAAUAAAAGCAAUAAUGUUGGCUGUGCCUAAUUUUUCAUCAGGAAGAAUAAACAAUGAACUUAGAUUUCAAGAAAUACUAGAGAAGUCUGGGCCUCUGCUGAAGUAGUCUGAAGGGAGUCCACUGCAAGAACAUUAAAUGCUCAUUUUGUUCUGUUACA